GCCCCCCGGCCGCGGCCCGAGUCCGCGGGAGGAAGAUGGCGGCGCUCAUUCCCCUCAGCCAGCAGCUUUCCACUGGGAAUCCGUUGUAUGAGACAUAUUACAAACAAGUAGAUCCCACAUACACAGGGAGAGUUGGGGCUAGUGAAGCAGCUCUAUUUCUUAAAAAGUCAGGUCUCUCGGACAUCAUCCUUGGGAAAAUAUGGGAUUUGGCUGACCCAGAGGGUAAAGGAUACUUGGAUAAACAGGGUUUCUUUGUUGCGUUGCGACUCGUAGCAUGUGCACAGAAUGGCCAUGAUGUUACCUUGAGCAAUCUAACUUUGACUGUGCCACCUCCUCAAUUUCAUGAAAGUGGUAGCCCCUUAUUGAUCACUCCUCCUUCAACAGAAAGUCUCUGGGCUGUUAGGGUGGAAGAAAAAGCAAAGUUUGAUGGUAUUUUUGAAAGCCUCUUGCCAGUAAAUGGCUUACUUUCAGGAGACAAAGUAAAACCAGUACUGAUGAACUCAAAGCUACCUCUAGAUAUCCUAGGAAGGGUCUGGGAUCUCAGUGAUAUUGAUAAAGAUGGACACCUGGACAAAGAUGAAUUUGCUGUGGCAAUGCAUUUGGUUUAUAGAGCUCUUGAGAAGGAGCCAGUUCCCUCAGUAUUACCCCCAUCACUUAUUCCACCUUCCAAAAGAAAGAAGGCACCUGCUUUUCCUGGUGCAGUUCCUGUUCUCCCUGCAAGCCCUCCACCUAAAGACAGCCUUCGUUCUACUCCAUCACAUGGCAGUGUAAACAGCCUAAAUAGUACAGGGAGUUUGUCUCCCAAACACAGCAUCAAACAAGCACAGCCAUCUUUGAAUUGGGUGGUACCAAUGUCUGACAAAAUGCGAUAUGAUGAAAUCUUCUUAAAAACUGAUAUGGACAUGGAUGGUUAUGUGAGUGGUCAAGAAGUGAAGGAUAUUUUUAUGCACUCAGGACUUUCUCAGAAUCUCUUGGCACACAUAUGGGCCUUGGCAGAUACAAGACAGAUGGGAAAGCUAAGCAAAGAUCAGUUUGCCCUAGCCAUGUAUCUCAUUCAACAGAAGGUCAGUAAAGGGAUUGAUCCUCCACAAGUGUUGUCCCCAGAUAUGAUCCCUCCUACAGAGAGGAGUACUCCCAUACAAGAUAGCUCAAGUUCUGUUGGGUCAGGAGAAUUUACAGGAGUAAAAGAACUUGAUGAUAUUAGUCAAGAGAUAGCACAGCUACAAAGAGAAAAAUAUUCACUAGAGCAGGAUAUUAGAGAAAAGGAGGAAUCAAUUAGACAGAAAACCUGUGAAGUUCAGGAACUGCAAAAUGAUUUAGAUAGAGAAACAAGUAAUUUGCAAGAGUUAGAAGCUCAGAAACAAGAUGCUCAAGACCGCCUGGAUGAAAUGGACCAGCAGAAAGCCAAACUGAAAGAUAUGCUAAAUGACGUGAAACAGAAGUGCCAAGAAGAAACGCAAAUGAUUGCAUCACUGAAAAUGCAGAUUCAGUCUCAGGAGUCAGAUUUAAAAUCACAGGAAGAUGAUCUAAAUAGAGCAAAAACAGAGUUGAAUCGCCUCCAGCAAGAAGAAACACAGCUAGAGCAGAGCAUCCAGGCAGGAAAAGUUCAACUUGAAACAAUAAUUAAAUCUUUGAAGUCAACACAAGAAGAAAUCAAUCAGGCAAGAAGUAAGCUUUCUCAACUUCAAGAGAGUCACCAAGAAGUCAAUAAAAGUAUUGAACAAUAUAACGAGGCUCUGAAUGGGAUUCACGGUGGAAGCAUGACAAAUUUAGCAGACAUAAAUGAAGGAAUUGCGCAGAAAGAGAGAGGCAGUUUUGGAGCAAUGGAUGAUCCAUUCAAAAAUAAAGCCUUGUUGUUCAGUAAUAACACGCAAGAAUUGCGUACAGAUCCAUUCCAGUCAGAAGAUCCUUUCAGAUCUGAUCCAUUUAAAGGAGCUGACCCUUUCAAAGACAGUGAUCCAUUUCAUAAUGAUCCUUUUGCAGAACAACCACCUGCUUCAGCAGGUAAAAGUUUUUCAGAUCCAUUUGGAGAGGAUCCAUUUAAAGAAAGUGACCCAUUUCGUAGUUCAGCCCCUGAUGAUUUUUUUAAGAAACAGGUGAAGAGUGAUCCAUUUACAUCUGAUCCAUUCACAAAAAAUCCCACAAUGCUCUCGAAGCCUGAUCCUUUUGAAAGCAGUGAUCCUUUUACAUCUUCAGGUAUCUCUUCAAAACGCCCAGAUCCUUUUGGAACAUUAGACCCAUUUGGAAGUGGUGCCUUUAAUAGUAAUGACAGUUUUGCAGAUUUUAGCCAGAUGUCAAAGCCUGCAGCUUCAGACCCUUUCACCUCCUCUUUUGGAGGGAUGGGAUUCUCAGAUGACCCUUUUAAAAGUAAGCCAGACACUCCCGCCCUACCACCGAAGAAAAAUGUUCCUCCACGGCCCAAGCCACCUAGUGGUAAAAGUACUCCUGUAAGCCAGCUUGGGUCUGCAGAUUUUACCAAGCCCCAUGAUCCAUUCCAGCCAUUUGGGGCUGACAGCAGUGACCCGUUUCAAAGUAAAAAGGGGUUUGGGGACCCAUUUAGUGGAAAAGAUCCAUUUGCUCCCUCCUCUUCAAGUAAAACUUCUAAAGACUCUUCCUUGGGGUUUGCAGACUUCAGCUCUUUUGGAAAUGAGGAGCAACAGCUGGCAUGGGCAAAGCGAGAGAGUGAGAAAGCGGAGCAGGAGAGGCUAGCUCGAUUACGAAGACAAGAACAGGAAGAUCUUGAAUUGGCUAUUGCACUCAGUAAGGCGGAUAUGCCAAACUCUUAAAUGCAGGUCUCUGGUUUCAUCUAGACCAAGUGAAAUCCUUUAAAAGUUUCAGGUUUUUUUUGUUUUUUUGUUUUUUUUUUUUGGGGGGGGGGGAUUUUUUUUUU